UCUCUAUGGGCAGUUGGUCAUAACGAAUUGAGCUGAGCUGGCUUCGCCAUUUCGCUGAGUAUUUUCCAGAAGCGACUGCGCCCGCUUUCUGAUGGUACAAAGCUUCAAAUCAAGUCAAGAUCCCGUCUGGAAAUUCCUCGCCUGUUCGUUGAGCUGAGGGACAGCUGCAGAUCGGACGUGAUUGGGAAACGGUGCACGUCAGAGCGAGCAUGAAGUCCAGGGAACUGUCUGUAGAACUCCGAGACAAAAUUGUCUCGAGUCACAGAUCUGGGGAAGGGUACAGGAAAAUCUCCGCCGCUUUAAAGGUCCCGAUGAGCACAGUGGGCUCCGUCAUCCGUAAAUGGAAGACGUUCGGAACCACCAGGACUCUCCCUAGAUCGGGCCGCCCGACUAAACCGAGCCAUCAAGGGACGAAGGAGGACGUCGUCAACCCCACGGUCGCUCCGUCAGAGCUCCAGGGUUCCUCGGCGGACAGAGAAGCUUCCAGAAAGACGAGCAUCUCUGCAGCGAUCCGACGAUCGGGUGUGUAUGUGGCCAGACGGAAGCCGCUCCUUGGCAAAAGGCACAUGGCGGCUCGCCUGGAGUUUGCCCAAAGGCACCUAAAGGAGCCUCAGACCGUGAGAGACAGAAUUAUCUGGUCCGGGGAGACAAAGAUUGAACUCUUCGGAGCGAACGGCAGAUGCCAACCAGGCAGCGCUCGUUACCCGGCGAACAGCAUCCCGACAGUGAACGACGACGACGGCAGCGGCGUCACGAUGUGGGGAUGUUUUUCAGCGGCAGGAACUGGGAGACUGGUCCGGAUUGAGGAGAAGUGGAAUGCAGAAGUGUACAGAGACAUCCUGGAUGCAAACCUGUUCCAGAGCGCUCUUGAACUCAGACUGGGGCGAGAGUUCGUCUUCCAGCAGGACAACAACCGGCAGCACAAAGCCAAGAUAACCCAGAAAUGGCUGGAGGACAACUGUGUGAACGUCCUGGAGUGGCCCAGCAAGAGCCCGGACUUGAACCCCAUUGAGCAUCUCUGGAGAGACGUGAAAAUGGCCGUGCGCCGACAAUCCCCGUCCAGCCUGAUGGAGCUGGAGUGUUUCUGCAAAGAGGAGUGGGUGAAACUGCCCAAAGAUAGGUGUGCCCAGCUGGUGGCGUCAUAUUCCAAAAGACUUACGGCCGUCGUUGCGGCCGAAGGGGCUUUAACAGAGUAUUGAGAAAAGCCUUUAAAUACUUACAGACUUGCAGCGCUGCUUAAACAUUUGGGGUCACCCAUACAAUUCCACGGUGAAAACACAACGUUGUGUGACUGCAGUACAUUACUGUUGGAAUCCGCCAAAAUUUCAAUUGAGUUGUACAAGUUGUAUGCCAUACAAAAGUUUUUUUUUUUUUUUUUUUUGGGUAUUACAAAAAUCGGACAUUUCAACAGGGGUGUGUAGACUUUUCAUACCCGCUGUCGUGCUUCGCGAAAACAUUUCAAAGUUGACUCCAAAGUUUGAACUGCAUGAUACGUAUGUACAUAAAAGUUUUUUUUUUGUUUCCAUUUCAGAAUAGGCAGUAACAAAAUGUGGGAAAAGUCAAAUGUUGUGAAUACUUUCCAGAUGCUUCUAAUGCUGCAGAGUUUUCCAGUGGAGUUUGAAUCGAGGCCCAGCUGGGAUUGAAGAACUGGUCUAACGCUGCAUCUUUAGUCGGAUUCGGGGCAGGCAAGUACAAAUCUAUGUACGGACGAUAUUCUGUUGCUCUUAAUCUAUUCACUCGCUGAUAUAAAAAUGUAGACGUUUGUUUUGCACUGCACAAUGUAAUGAAUAAAGAUUUUCAACUGGCGACUGUUAUGGGUCACGCAAGAAAUACGUGUUUUGUUUUGUUUUUUUUUUCCUCAUAUUUCCCCAAAAAAUAAUCAUUACGUUCUGGGGGAAAAAAAAGUCAUGAAUUAUGGAGAGGGAAAAAAAACAACAACUUUUCUACGUUUAAAAGUUAUGAGGAUAGUCACAUUAAAAUGAAUUCUAUAAAAUUGUGAUGUUUCAAAAAUAGUUGUUUUUUUUCCCCAGGAAUAAAUACUUGGGAGUAUGUUUUGGAGACAAACUAGCUAUAAUGCUACAAGAGUGAAGUUGUAUUUUCAAAGAAAUGUCAAAGUCAGUGUUUUGAAACAAAUUUGUUUCCUUCAAAAAAAAAAAAAAAAAUUUCCAAGACAUACAGUAGUUGGAAAAUAGCAGUUAAGCUAUUAGAAUAAAGCUAUUUAAAAAAUACAAAUAAAAACAAUACAAACAAUGUAGUUGAAAGAAAACAAGUUGUUUUGUUUUUUUAAGAAAAAAAAUUACAAUAUUUCAAGAAAAUUACAGUAUUUGAGAAAACAGCUGUAACGCUACAAGAAUAAAGUUGUACUUUUUCGAGAAGAUAAAUCAUUCAUUCAAGGAAACUAAUUUCAAGAGUUGAAAUGUGACAAGAAUAGUCGUUUGUUUUUCAGGAGAAAAAAAAGCGUUUUACACAGAAAAAUUGUCCUAUUUUUCAAGAAAAAGUUGUACCUGUAUAUUUUUUAAGAAGUUGCAACAAAUGGAGGGGAAAAUAAAGCUUUUUUUAAACAUAAAAGUUGUAAUAUUAUGAGAAUAACGUCAUAUUUAAAAAAUAUAUAUAUAUUUUCAAGAAAACAGCCAUAUUAUUUUGAGAAUAAAGCUGUGUUUUUUUGAGAAGAAAAAAACAUUCCGGAAAAAAACAAAUUUAAACAAAAAAGCUACUGUAAGUUACAAGAGGAAAGUCAUGUUUUUAAAAGAAAAAGUCUUAUUUGAUUGUUUUUCUCCCCCCUCCAAGAAAAAUAGUCCUGUGUUAUAGGGGCGGAGUUGUAAUGUUACGAAGUAGUCAUUUUGACAUUAUAAUAAGAUUACAACCAAAUAGUGUUGACUUUCCGUUACCGGUAGAAUGUUUGUGCUUGGAAACCUGUUUAGUAACUCCCGAGCAGCCACGGUAGCUAUUGGCUGUCGUCGCGUGGCAUCACGCCCUCAUUGGCAUAACCCGUUCUCGGCGUUUCAUUGUCAUGGAUGCUGUAGACGAGAGCAACAAUGUCCAGGUGGAGACAAAAACCGAGUAGCGCGAGCCUGGGGGAUCUGCCCACGGACAGCUGGAUGAGUCGCCUGCCGCCGGCCCUGUGGGACACCCCGCUCUACCACCUGGCCAUUCCGGGCAGCCACAACGCCAUCACCUACUGUCUGGACAGCAACCAAAGAUCCCCCGUCGACCUCGCGCAGCCCGACGUGCUGCAGAAGCUGGACAGGUUCAUGAAGCCCCUGGUUCGGCCCUUCCUGUACAAGUGGGCCGUAACGCAGGAGUACUCGGUGACGCAGCAGCUGGACUGCGGCGUCCGCUAUUGCGACCUGCGAAUCGCGCACAGGCCCAACGACGGCUCCACCGACCUCUACUUCUACCACGGCGUCUACACCACGCUCACCGUGGAGACGGUUCUGGGCGAGAUCCGCCAGUGGCUGGACGCUCACCCCAAAGAAGUGGUCGUCCUGUCCUUCAGCCAUUUCCUGGACAUCAGCUGCGAGCUCCACAUGCUGCUGCUCACCACCAUACGAAACGUCUUCUCCUCCAAACUCUGUCCCAAAAUGGAAGCGCUAACCCUUCGGAAGCUGUGGUCGUCGGGCUGCCAGGUGAUCGUGUCGUACGAGCACGCCGCCGUCCGCCACGGCGACCUUUGGCCUCACAUUCCUUACUGGUGGGCCAACAAGUGCAAAGCCGAGGCCCUCGUUGAGGCCUUCGAGCUCAGGAAGCAACGGGGCAGACCGGGAGGUUUUUUCGUCACCGGAAUCAACCUGACAGCGGACCUGAAGUACAUCUGCACGCAUCUGACCGAGUCGCUGAAGGACUUGGCGAUGUCCGCCAACCCCGCGCUGCUGACCUGGCUCACGGAGCAGACGCCCGGCAACCAGCCGGGCGCGCUCAACAUCGUGGCGGCGGACUUUGUCACCGAGAGCCGCUUUGCGCAAACUGUCGUGGCGCUCAACGACAAACUGCUGCGCUAAGAACCACCGCCCUCCAAAAAAUACCAAACAAACAAAAAGCAUGAAAUGCAGAUGUUUUUUUUUUUUUUUCUCUCCCUACUGAAUGACUGAAAAGCACGCUGGAAUACUUGAAGUAGUGAGCGCAAAUCGCACACGAAGCUCAACUUUGUUUGGAGAUGCAAUUUUCUUUCUAUGUGUAAAAGGGUGAGCAAAGCAAUAACAACACAGGUAAUGUUGUCACCCGAGUCCUCCGAGGUCCAUAGUCAUAAAAGUGAGUCAAACUAGGAUCCAAGACUUCGUAUUUGCGGCGCUUUGGCUCGGUGAAACGUUUCUUUCCAAAGUUUCGGCGAGAACUGGUUGUUUCGUCCUAAGACCCGCCAGCCCAGAUCCAUGUGACAUCGCCUUGAGAGCAACGAUGUCGUGGAAAAGCCGUGUGACACAGAGGAACGUGUCAUUUGCGACAGGGUCGUCGCCCCCAAAAGCUGCAUUUUGCCCGACGGCGAAUACGAGUGGGGUUCACUGUAUGCGCAUUCAAAAAAAUUCUGAUUCAGGAAGCGUUCAAUGCCACGGAUUCCUAAGUUCUCAUAUUUGCUUGCCGUGCCAAAUGUUUCCUCAUCUACGGUAUCUCACAAAAGUGAGUACACCCCUCGCACUUUUGUAAAUGUUUGCUUAUAUCUUUUCACGGGACGACCUGGAAAAAAAAAAAAAAAAGAUGACACUUCGCUACGAUGUAAAGUAGUCAUUGUACACCUUGUUAAAUGUACUGCCCCCUCAUAACAACAAAAGUGAGUACACCCCUAAGUGAAAAUGUCCAAAGUGGGUCCAAUGUCCCUCCUUUUCACUCAUUAAUGUUCCAAGGUCUCAGGUGCGAAUAGGGAGCAAGUGUUUUCGCAUUAAAGAACUCUCUGAGAUGAUGACAAUUUGUCUGAGGUUGGCGUUGUUGCCGGCGGUUGCUAGGUCGCCCACCCCUUGCCUUACUUUGCGCAUGUUAAACAUCUAAGCACAAACGAUAUGUAAGUGAGGCACAUCAUUUUAUUUUUUAUUUUUUGAAUGCAUGGGAAAUGUGAUCGGCGUGAGCCCGCUGUUGACUGCUCGCAACUGCGCCAGUGGCAAUGGGCCUUUUGAAUGAAAAUGUAAAGCGAAUGUCCGCAUGUGGUAUUAUAGAGGUGGGGGCAUAAUGCAAGUGGGAUUUUGGUUAUUUUAAUAACCAGUGGAUUCGCCACUGCGCGGUUAAUCGAGGGAAUACCCCAAUUUGGUUAUCUUACUCGUAGUUUGGUGACAUAAGACAAGCCAGUGGUGCACUA